AAACGACCUUCUUUAGGAAUUAAAAUAAGAGAUGGCUGCCCGUGAGGUAUCACCGAUGCUGAUUAGACUCCGAGCAAUCCUCCUUGGUCGCUCUCACGACAACAAUCUCCGGUUUGCCGACAAGUUGGCGACAAGGUCCCCGCCCCAUCCAGACCUCCCUGAGGGGCCAAGUCAUAAGCUCUACGCCAACUACUACUACACCCGUGAUGCCAGGAGGGAGGUAACGCCCCCUACCGUGAUUGCUGAAGGAGCUGCCUCUAAGGCCCUGACUGCUGGAGCGGAAGGAGGCGUGGCAACAACUUCUGGCGUGAAAUCUAAAGCUCCUGGACCGCUAUUUAAGUACAGCGAAUUUGGAGCUGCGUCUCCUUUGUAAAGUAACCUAUUA